CUAAAUUGGGAAGUUUCAAAAAGACCUUUACUAACUUAUUACCUUAAUGUCGGCUCUGCUGGAUGUUUUCACACCGAUGCUAUGGUUACCUUUAUUACGAUCUUACAGGUGAACUUAGUGAUGUCCAUCCUGCUGUACGUGAUGUUCCUGGCGUACCUCUGCGGAAUAAAAGCCACGUCGAUGGACAAGCGCAGCCCCACGCAGGACCCCGUCAACGCCCUGGUCAUCAAGCUGCUGCAGGCGGACAUCACACGGACCAAGCAGAGGCAGGCGGAGGCGCAGGACGACAAGGCCGAGGACGUGCUCCCGCCGGCCGCGCUGGACCCCCCCGAAGAGGCGGACUACCCGGAGAGGAUGCCGCCGUCCGUCUACCAGCCCGUGCUGGACAUCGGGGCGGAGCUGCUGAAGCAGCACAAGCGCUACAACUCGCCGCGGGUCCUGCUGAGCGACCGGCCGCCCCUGCAGCCGCCGCCGCUCUACCUCAUUGACGACUAUGUGGGCGCCUCGGAGGCGGCCAACAAGACGCGGAAGAAACGCAACGUGGAGCACAAGAGCUACCGGGGCGAGUACUCGGUCUGCGACAGCGAGAGCCAGUGGGUGACGGACAAGACCAACGCCGUGGACAUCCGGGGCCACCAGGUCACAGUCCUGGGGGUGAUCAAAACCAGCGGCACGGAGGUCAAGCAGUACUUUUACGAAACCAAGUGCCGCAGCGCCAAGCCCUUUAAGAGCGGGUGCCGGGGCAUCGACGACAAGCACUGGAACUCCCAGUGCAAGACCUCCCAGACGUAUGUGCGAGCGCUGACCUCGGAAAAGACCUCUGUGGGCUGGCGCUGGAUACGGAUAGACACGUCGUGCGUCUGCGCGCUCUCACGCAAACAGCGCAGGACGUAA